CCGCUAUUUUCAACCUCGAACCGCGCGGCGAUGGCCACGGCACAGCUGCCGUCUGGAGCGGCGCCGUCGGCACCAGGGCCUAGCCACGGCGUCGGCGGUGGCGACGUGUUCAACAAAGACACGUUUCUAACGGCACUUCGAGACGCCUCGGGCGACGGCGGUCCAGCCAUCGUUGCCGCGGCGUAUGAGCCCAAGGGGAUGGCGAGUGUGCGUGAAAAGUACACGCAGCUGCACGGGGUCGUGGGGUCGUUGUCGGAGAAGAUCACAGCCGUACUUGUGCGCCAGGAAAAGGAUUUCCUUGCCGCGUAUCGAGCGCACAUGUACAACGUCCAAAAGGAGCUCCAUGACACGAAGGAGAAGAUCCUACGUAACGAAACGCUUGAGAACAAAUCGGAGAAGAUCAAGUUGCUCGAGGAAGAGCGGGACUGGUAUCGCAAGGAGGCGCUGCGGCUUGAUACGUUCACAACCAACAUGAAGAAGGACUUGAAACACUUGAAGGAAAAGCUCGAGUGCAUCGAAGAGGACCGCGACUGGCUCGAGAAGCAAUUGAAAGCGUCGAAAAAGCAAAACAAACUCCUGCGCGCAGAACUCGAGAUUCGUCUGGCCAAUCUGACCAGCCAAGCCGAGGACGCGAUGGCAACGCGGCCGCCUUCCCCGGCAGUGGACGACAUGGAGCACAACUCGUCGGCAGGUCUCCAGCUUCCCUUGGCGGCGGUCGAGCGCGAGGAACAAUUUCGCAAACAGAUUCGACAACUCAAGCGAGAACUCCUCGCGAGUAAGCGAGACGUGAACCGUUUGCGCGAAACAACGAGCAAACAGCAGAGCAACGAGCUCGAGGAGUUUUUCGUCCAGAGCAUCGAUGCCGUGAAGAAGGACAUUGUGCGGCGCCGGAGCCACAUCCGAGACAGCAAGACGCGACCGAUCCCGGCGCUCAAAGCAGAGCCCGUGCCAGGUAUGCCGCUUGUACGAGUCGGCACGACGUCUGAAGUCGGGGGAUGGGUAGAUUGCGGGCCUGAAAUGAAGGAGUUUACGGCCGCCGACCGCGUUCGCGUCAUUGAGCGCCUCUUGUCGCACGACGAAGUGCUUUCAAUACUGUACGACAACUUGUUUCCAUCGCACGAGAAGAAGCCGCCGGACGGAACAAAGGCUCCGUUGCCCGCUGUGGACUCGACCAAGAAGCCACAACAACAACCUGCAGGAAGUGGCGCAGCGGCGGUGGUGGCAAGCCGGGAGUUGGGCAAUGGCGUUGGUGCCUCCAGCCUUCCCCUCGAUACGUCAACCUUGGAGUAUUUGAAACUGGGAGGUGGGGCGGCGUCACUUCGAUGAGUGGCAUCGUGCGCCACGCACGAUUCCAUAGCGUUAGAUCGUUGACUGUUGUUGUAACGAGCAACAAACCUCGUUGGUCCCUUACUCUCCACUUGACUCUGUUGACAGGAGCUUUGCAGCACGCAGGUCGGUCGUCGUCUUGCUGCCGCUGGUCCCGUUGUAGCGCUG